CACACACGGAUUCACGCUGGAAAAUUGGAAGCACCGUGGUUGCUAUAAAUUUUGUCUGGAAUUAUGCAUAUCAUUUAUAUACGUAUAUGUCAUAUACUGACGAAUAUUGCAUCAUUUGCAUCAAUGUCUUCACUGGGACGUGCAAUCCUACGCCACUUUACUUGUCUUAGAAUCACAUUCGGUUAUCAUUUUCUAAGAGUGCUCGAUGAAACCAAAUAAGCAAAAUCUAAAUUUCCACUCGUCAUCGACUAGUAGCUCCUUGCUAAAUAUGCUUAUUUACGUUUUUCGCCGCAUCCCAGUCAGAGAGGUGAAAUCCAAGUGUUGCUGCGUCAGCGCUCAGGCAUUCCGUGUUUAUUUCUUGUGUAAUCAUAUACGAACCAUUCCGCGAAUAGUCGCAUGUGUCUGCGCCGCGCAUUUUUGCGGUUCGUAUAUCUGCACGCAUACAUGCCUUUCGUGAAGGCUUGCACGAGUUCGCACUAGAUGACGCAUCGCCCCGAUUUUAGCUUCGCGGCUGACCAACACAGACUACGAGCAUCGCGUGGCCCAUAUCUCAAACGGGAGUCAUCAUCGAGACGCGGUUGCUAACCGCCCCGCGAAGCCGUCAGACGCUGAAGUCUGAAACUUUCUAGCGUCUUGGCUGACGGCGAACACCAUGCAUUGUAAUAACAGCAUCAGCACUACAUCUUACACUCUAUACCGCGCCGAUAAGCGUAUAUAUAUAGUAUCGCGUGUGUGUUCGUCCCCUUCUGCUGUAUGACUCAGUGAAUAGAGAAUCCGCAUCCACGCGUCGAUGGGAUGACGAUGCACGCAGGAGGUCCGGCAGCUGGCGGAGGAAUGAGUCACUGUCACGUUAUAACCGGAGCAACGCACGGCAGAUUUAACACAUGAUGUUCCGUAACACCCACCCCCGUCAUUCGACAGCGAAAAUAGAAGAAAAUCAAGUCAGGAUUCGACCAGCGACAUAAUCGAGCUCACGUGCACGUGCGACUUCAAUGCGCAAGCAAAACGACUCAAGGACGAAAACACACAGUUGCGAACAAUGAUAAAGGAGAUGGUCGAGCGGUGGAAACGCGAGCAGACAACCACCAAAGAGUACGUGAAGAAAUUGCACGUGAAGAUCGACGAAGAGGAGAAAUGCUCAUCGGCGCAGUCUAAUAUCGAUUCACAGAUCGCCAACUUGAUGCAGAAAAAGGAGACGGUGCAACGCGAGGUGACCGUGGCCGAGAGCAACCUCAGAGAAAUGCAGGAUCUGCACACGGCAACCAAGAUGCAGCUAAUGCAGUUCCACGAGCGACGUGCUGAGGAGAUGAACUCGCGCGACCUCGGCAGACGCGCCGAAGACGCUGAGCGCAUUCCGCUGCUCGAGCAACAGAUUAGCGUCUACAUGGAAGACUGGAAGUCGGAGCGUACCGACAAGGAGAGGGCGCUCGUGAAGGCCAAUGAGCUGGAGCAGAAGGUGGAGCAAAUGCAGAACAUGCUGAAGCACUACCAGGACGCGGAGGAUGCUUACAACGAGGUACGCAGGCGCAGUUCCGCGCAUCGUGACGUUUUGCGCAGCGCCGCCUACCCGACGGGCCGCGAUCACGACGUGGUGCGUCGCUCCGGUUCGUAUGCGGCUUCGGGCGACAGCUUCCGCAGGAGUGGCUCGCACAAUUCAUCAGUAUUAGAAUACAACAUCCCAAUGAGCGCGAGCAACCAGGCUUGCGUCGUCAGUCGAGGAACGAGCCCUGUUGUCACGGUCAGGUGUAACCUCAGCCCCAGAGCCAGUCUAUACGUGACAGACGACCUUGAUUUCGACAGCACACCCGGUGCAACUGGGACGAGCUCGCCUCGAAUUACAACGCCAUGCGGCUCUCGCGCUGCCAGCGUUAGUCCGCGUCACAGCACCAUAAUUGUCGAGGACGUGACCAGUGAUAAGGAAGACGUGUACGGCGCGCCGCCCGACAACGAAAGGUUCCUCCACUGCCCAAAGUGCACGCGACCCUACCCGGAGAAUAGGCACGACGAACUUGUUGAACACUUUGAGCUUUGUUCGGAAGUCGAUCAUUGAGUCACAAGAAUAGGGUUGUCAAUGAACAACGUAAUCCAAUGUAAUGUCAAUGAUGUUACAACGUAAUCCUGCAAAUAGGUUUUACUGUUUGCAGAGUCGCGCGAUCGUGUGCAAUGCACAUCAUUCUAUAAUAAAAACAUGCACGCACGCACGAACGCACGCACGCACAAAUGACAGUUCUACACACCUAGAAGUACAAGUAUGCAUUACACAUUGUCUAAAAACUGAAUCACCCCUUACAGUACGUACGUAUAAUUGUGCUGCAAUUGGAAGAUGUCACAGUGUCUAAUAUUGAAGCACGGAGCUCGAGAAAGUCUGUUAUAACUAGUGUGCCGUCGACAGGCCACGCCAUGGAUUUCCACGAAGGGAAAAACUGCGGCAGGUGUUGCAUCUUAUUUUAACUAGAUCAUAUCAGUGACAAACUAGUAUCACAGCGGGCGUUAACACGAAGUGCAUAGCUCUAAGUGUCAUAAUAUGUUACAACGAUGUAUACGGUAUACUCGCCUAUAUCUUUUACGAGUUUUCUCUGUACGUAUAUCGAAUUGCUUGUGUCCCAUUGUUGCACAACGCUACACUAUGACACAUUAUAUCGUGCAAAAGAUUUAACCUGCACCUGCGUAGACACAUAUACACGCAGUGUUGACAUUAUAAUAUUAUUACAUGUUUAGAGAAAUGAAUGUAAAAAACUGUGGAUAACGCCUGCUUUUUAUCUUUACUUUUAGCGUUUUAAAGUGCUAGCAAACAAAAGCUUUUGAUGUGCGUUGACUAAUGGCAAAACUGUUAACAUUCAAGACUUACAACAUCUGAAACACAAGAUUUACACAUCGCGGUCUACUACAAUUGGAAGAAUCAAUCACAGUUUGUUUAGUAAACCUUUGUGCGCAGCCGCUGACACGCAGUAAAUAUAAACAUCAAGUUCGGGAAAACCGGAAGUUCGGGAAGCGGUUCGGCAAGUUCGGGAAACGGUUACGAGCAAUGCUUGGUGUACAGUGAUUAGUGCCAUGUGACUAUAGUGUUAGCUUGCUUACAUAAAUGUUCUAACUAUACCAUGCUGGUAUUGUACAUUGCUCGACUAUUUAAAAGGUGGCCUGAUUCAGUAUAGCUGCAUUACAUCAUCGCUACAUAUCAUAAUACAUUACCAUAUAUGUACAUUUCUGAUGUAACGUACGGCAGCUUUGCUAACAGCAAUUAUAUAUGGUGCCCAUAUUAAACGCGUCGUCCAGAAAUUGUUGUACCGUUGUGGAAUAUAUGAUUUUCUCCGAUAAACCUCAACAAAGAACUUACUUAGCAUAGUUAAUAAAUAUUUAACAAUAUCUCUGUCAUAUAUAUAUAUAUAUAUAUAUAUAUAUAUAUAUAUAUAGGGCUCUCGCCAAAAACGUUGUUGCAUUGGAAUAUUACCUUAGAAUGCAGUUAGUGACAACCCAUUUGUUGGGAGCCAACAAAGGUUACGAAAAACAACUAAUGUGAUUCCUGGACUACUUAUUUCAACAAAAAGGCACAUAGUACCAGGAGUUAAUAAAGACAAAACUUGUCUUUAUUAACUCCUGAUAGUACUGAAUGGUGGCUAUUCUCUGCAUUAUGAUACCGUACCAUUUUCCAGUGACUUGGUGUAGAGAUAUAAACGGAAUAUAAAACACAAACGCAACAAAACCCCCAGAGCAAAUAAUCUCACAACACACUGAAGGUUAAUGAUCUCUACACGCUAAAAAUCAAAAUAUACCAAAACGCCAAUAUGUGAAUAUACUGUAAACUCCAUUGUAUUAGGUAGUAUACCUACUUGCUAUUUGCUGUGCAAGUACAUUCGGGUAUAUAUGUGUGAGAAACAUGUAAAUUCUUACUAGGGUAAGAAAAUCUUUCUUUCAACAGUACAAUUGAAAUCCUUUAGUUUAAUGUUUGUCAUGUAACUCUGUUAUGAAUUACUGUCAACAGUAAAUGUUUACAAAAUAAAUUUAAUUUUAUAAAAAAAAACAUGGAAAACUUUGAUGUACAUGUCAAGUGCAAAUCAUUGACUACGAAAUAAUUAUACAUUUUGUGGGCGAUUUAUCGAAUAACCGAUUGAUUACAAACCACACAAACACAUCACGAAGUGGGUGGUGUAAGGUUUUAACCUUGUUAAAGAAACAAAUAGUCAAGCCACAACGAGCAUCAGAAAAAGACGGAAUGUCAACACUUGGCAGAUGUUACAGAGUACUGAAUUUCAUACAUGCAGGAAAAUAUUAACCCUUUAUCAUGAGUCAUCCAACCACGAAAACGGUUGGAGAAAAAGAUGUAAUCAGAAAAGUAAACGACAAAUAGAGACUGGAAGCCUGUUGUCAGAAACAUGA